CCUGAGGGGGCCCCCCAGGCCCCUUCCUGGGCUUUUUCUCUCCCCUUGAAGAGAUUCUUCAUCCCCACUGGCUCUUGGGGGGGUCCUUGGCCAGCCCCACGAAGUUCAGGGUCUGACCAGGAUGGCAGCCCCCGCCCUCAUGGUCCUGGUGCUGGUGCUGCCUGCAGGGGCCUGGUCUAGCCUGGGCCUGUCCAGGAGGCCCUGUGUGCACUGCUGCCAUCCACCAUGGCUCCCUGCUGCCGCCCCUGGCCCACACACCCCUUUGAGUGAACAGGCCCCGUGGGUGGGGCUGCCCCGUGUGCGGCCCACCAUUGACAUCUCUAUCCUCAAAGGAGAGAAGGGUGAGGCAGGGGCCAGAGGUCACGCAGGAAGGAGCGGGAAGGAGGGUCCCCAGGGCUCCCGCGGCCUGCAGGGCCACAAAGGCCAGAAGGGGCAGAUGGGGUUUCCGGGUGCCCCGUGCCAGCAUGCCCACGUGGCCUUCUCUGUGGGUCGGCGUGAGGGACUGCACAGCGUGGAGGACUUCCAAGCGGUGCCCUUUGAUAUGGAGCUGGUCAACCUGGACGGCACCUUCGACCUGGCCACGGGCCGCUUCCGCUGCAAGGUGCCGGGCAUCUACUUCCUGAGCCUGCACGUGCACACCUGGAACUUCAAGGAGGCCUACCUGCACAUCAUGCUGGACCAGCGGCCCAUGGCCGUGCUGUAUGCACAACCCAGUGAGCGCAGCCUCAUGCAGGCCCAGAGCCUGCUGCUGCCGCUGGCGGCCAGCAGCACCGUCUGGGUGCGCAUGUUCCACCGUGACCAGGACAACGCCAUCCACGGAGAGCCCGGGGACCUCUAUAUCACCUUCAGUGGCCACCUGGUCAAGCCGGCUAGUGAGCUCUAGCUCAUGGUCCCGUGGCCUUCACUUCCAGACCUCUGCCCAGUGCAGGACUUGAGUGGCUGAGCACUGGGGUGUAGGGAGAGCAACUCAGCACCUGGCCUGUCCUUGUGAGGUCUUCCACAGAUGGAGUGGCCACACCCAGUCACAGGGGGCAGAGGGAUAUCAUGGGCCUGG